GCGUACCCGCACGUGUCGCGGCACGGCAGACGGCACCGCCCUCCGCACCCAACCACAAUCCCUGCUCCGGCACCCCCUGCUCCAGCCUUCCCUGCCCCCUCGUCGGCGGCGAAAAUCUCCGGAUCCGUCCCUGCCUCCGUUCCAUCGCCACCUUCUCCACCCACAAGGGUUUAAUUCCGAGGGGAAUUUCCUGCCUGCCUACGGCGUAAAGACAGGUCUGUGGCCUGUCCUGCUUCGUCUCGCGGUCUUCGAUGCGUGGUGGAGGCAACACGAACUGCGCACAAACCACUGAGGGUCCUGGCACACCGGUUUCUGGCCAGCCGGAUAGGAUGCAGCAGGUUCAGCACACGGUUCAGACGCAUGGAUAUGGACUGGCAAGAAAGCACACGUAUGAUUGGGUCGUUCUUAUUCUCCUCGCCGCGGUCGUGGUCGUCUUGCAUUAUGCUCCCCCGUUUAACCGGUUCGUCGGGAAGGAUAUGAUGACUGAUAUUAGGUACCCGGUGAAACAGAGUACCGUGCCAGCAUGGGCUGUUCCUGUAAUCUCUAUGCUGUGCCCUGUGCUUGUCUUCAUAGCACUGUAUGUUGCUAGAAGAGACGUCUAUGAUCUUCACCACGCAACACUAGGUGUUAUUUUUGCUGUGCUGAUCACUGCCGCUUUCACUGAUGUGAUAAAGAAUGCAGUAGGGAGACCUAGGCCAGACUUCUUUUGGCGGUGCUUUCCUGAUGGAAGGCAGGUAUAUGAUCAAGUGACAGGUGGUGUGAUCUGCCAUGGCGAGAAAGGUUUCUUAACCGAUGGGCGCAAGAGUUUUCCUAGUGGACACACGUCGUGGUCUUUUGCUGGACUUGGGUUUUUGUCACUAUACUUAUCUGGCAAAAUCAAGGCGUUUGAUCGCAAAGGUCACGUGGCAAAACUUUGCAUCGUGAUUCUUCCUCUUCUUCUUGCUUCGCUUGUUGGGAUUUCUAGAAUAGACAACUAUCGGCACCACUGGGAGGAUGUGUUUGUCGGCGGCCUGAUUGGAUAUAUCAUGGCAGUGCUGUGCUAUCUGCACUUUUUCCCUCCUCCAUAUCACCAUCAAGGUUGGGGGCCCUAUGCAUACUUCCACAUGCUGGAGGAGCUUGAGGCGGGCAAUUCAAAUAAUGCACAAAACCAACAGUCUGCAGGUGAGCAUCAUAUCGGAUUGACCGGCCAACACCAUAACGGGAGAUCAAGAAAUGAUUUGGAAUCUGGAAGUGUGUAACUCACCCCUCUGUGGAACCGACUAGCGUACCUUAUACAGUAAGCAUGCCUUAAAAACUUUUUUAUGUGUGCACUAAGCAAGUACUAGGAGUUUAGGACUAGAUAUAUGCUAUCUCCACCUCAGGUUUAUGCCUGUUCCUCUUGUGUACAAAAACUACUCGCUCAGUAUAUUCUGACCUAGUUGUUCUAGGGCCACCUGUUGUAUCUAAAUCAUGUGUUAACAUCGUAGACCAUGUGAGUGGCUGGUGGAAGAAGUGAGUACGAACUUAUUCCGCUGUUAAA